AUGCUCUCCUUGACUGCUAACGUUGCUCCUUCUAUUCCAGAGGUCGUCAUCGCUCCUCCCGCCGUCUACAUUCCUCUCGUGAAGGCCGAGCUCCGCAAGGAUUUCGCCGUCGCUGCUCAGAACGCCUGGGUCAGCAAGGGCGGUGCUUUCACCGGUGAAGUGAGUGCUGACAUGCUUGUGGAUCUCGACAUUCCCUGGGUCAUCCUUGGCCACUCCGAGCGGAGAACCAUCAUCAAGGAAUCCAACGAGUUCGUCGCGGACAAGGUCGCGUACGCUCUGAGCAAGGGUCUGAAGGUCAUUGCAUGCAUCGGCGAGUCCUUGGAGCAGAGGGAGAGCGGCGAGACUGUCGCCGUCGUCUCUGCUCAAGUAAAGGCCAUUGCAGUUUCCGCUGAGUUAGGGGCUGGCUUCGGUCGCUGUUUUUAUAUUGUUUUCUUCUCGUAUGCAGACAAGAUCACCAAGUGGGACGAUGUUGUUCUCGCGUAUGAGCCCAUCUGGGCCAUUGGUACUGGCAAGGUCGCCACGCCUGCUCAAGCCCAGGAGACGCAUGCUGACAUCCGCAAGUACAUUGCUGAGAACGUCAGCCCUGAUGUGGCAGCUGCUAUCCGGAUUCAAUAUGGAGGCUCUGUGAACGCUGCUAACUGCAAAGAGCUCGCCGCUCUUCCUGAUGUCGAUGGCUUCCUUGUUGGUGGAGCUGCUCUCAAGCCUGAGUUUGUUGACAUUAUCAACUCUGCCACCUCUUCUUCAUAG